GGCUGACUAUUUAACCUCUUUUCAAAUAAAAUGCUAGAUCUUAUAAUUAUUUUGGUUUUAAAUUGUUUCUGAAGUAAGAAUUAUAUCUAACUCAGAUGCUAGGAUUUUGUGAAAAGAAUCCAAGCAUCAGAAAAUUACUUGAAACACUCAUUGUACCUUUCCUGGUUGCCUCCAUAUUUAGUAGGAUAUUCUUUUCUUGACCGCUAAGUUAAUUAUUGCUGAUAAAUAAAUAAAAAACAAUAAUAUUUGAGUAACAUUAAAAAACACAUAUUAGGUGGCUCUCAAAAUACGGUUCACAGAAGGUGUUUAACGUUAGCGCGAGAACUUGGAAAAAAAUAUUUAUCUUUCGCGGUAAUGAGUUAUUAUAAUUUGCAUAAUAAUAAUCUAUCUUGAAUGGUUGAAGUUUAACGCAUGGCAACAAAUGUAAAUUGACAUUCAACGGAUAAACGUUAAAACUUGAAUAAAGAAUUCAAAUGAAGCCAUAGUUUAAAUAAAAAAGUAGUAUCAAACAUAUCUAAUAAUCCAGUUUGUAUGAAAACCCUUAUAAAAUCCCUUCUAAGUGCCAUGGGUAUCAACAUCGGAGGCUUGAGAAUAAAAUAUAAAAGUAAGGAUGAAACUUUCCUAGAAAAAGAUUUGGUAUCAAAGGAACCUUUUGGGCAAUUUGAUGCUUGGUUUAAAGAAGCUGUUGGUAAAAAAAAUAUUUUAGAACCCAACGUAAUGUGCCUAGCCACAGCUACAAGGAAUGGAUGCCCCUCAGCAAGAUAUAUGUUGUGUAAAGGGUAUGGAAAAGAGGGAUUUAAAUUCUUUACUAACUAUGGGAGUAACAAGGCACAGGAUAUGGAAGAGAAUCCUUAUGUAGCGGCUACGUUUUACUGGGUUGCACUAAAUCGCUCUGUUAGGAUCGAAGGUUAUGUUGAGAAACUGUCAGAAGAAGAGUCAACAAAGUAUUUCCAAGAAAGACCAAUACCAAAUCAAAUAUCCGCGGCUAGCAGCUGUCAGAGUACACCAAUUGAGUCGAGAGAUGUAUUGCGUGAAAGAGAAAGUGUUUUAGAGAAGGAAUACUUGAAACCUGGAAAGAAAGUUCCGAAACCAAAUUUCUGGGGUGGUUAUAUCAUUCGCCCUACUUCAUUUGAAUUUUGGCAAGGACAAACUAACAGGCUCCAUGAUAGAAUAAAGUUCCGGAGACUACAGGAAUGUGAAGUACCCGAUGGAAAACUACUUCAUCAGGGUGAAGACGGUUGGGUCUACGAAAGACUUCAACCAUAAAAGAAGCUUUAAUAAUUAUCAAUAUAUGAUCGAGUAGAAAAUAUGUUUAUUAUAGUAUUGAGUAAUGUCUUCCAUGUUAAAAAAUUUCGUUUUUAUAUUUUCUGGGUAUAAAUAAGACAGUAACUGUCAA